AUGAACCUGAUAAACUUCAGCCAAAAGAAGAUUCAACAAUUCAUGAAGAUUAAUUCCAAACAAAGUGUGGCUCUCGUCGAUCAAUUGAAGCGAAAAAUGGGAACAGGAGACUUAUCUAUGUAUGAUCAUAUCGCAUAUUACUCUUUCACUUCUAUAUGUGAAAACGCUUUUGGUGUUACAUUUAACAAUGAAGAAGAGAUUAAACGUUUCCUGACGAUGUCCGAUCGUCAUACUAUGUUGGUGUCAGCUCGUUUGGUCCCGUGGCUGAAUAACGAUUUCUUGUAUUCGUUCAUGCCUAGUUACAAUGAAUUCACCACCACCGCUGAAUACCUCAAAAACUUCACCAAACAGGAUUCCGGUGAAAAACGAGCAAGUCAUGUGGAAAUCGAAGAAGAAAUGUUGGCUAUACUUAUAAGCUCUAUUGACACGACAGCAAUAGUCUCAUCCUUCGUUUUACUACUUCUAUCACACUACCAGAAUGUACAAGAAAAACUUUAUAGAGAGUAA